AUGAAGCAAAUUAGCCCGGUGAAACGCAGGAGUGGCCGCACGAAGCCCGUACCCCAAGUGGCUCCUUACGAGAACGACCAUGUUACGCGCAUAGAGCGGUUGCUGAUGAGAUGCCGGCUGAUGGUCCGGAUCGAAGACCCACAAGACGUGAAACGAUGUAAGACAUCACCGCCUACUGAGGCGUGCAUUCCUGAUUUUACUGCAGUAGAGAUGAAAACGCAAGUAUUCCUACUCACCCAACGAAUGAUGCAAGCAGAAGAUGAGGGGCGCACCGAAGAAGCUCGUUCGUUGCAGGGUUUAAUUCGCACAUUCAACGAGACAUUGUAA